ACACUACUUCUACUUCAAACUUCAAACUUGAAACUCUCACUUCCUUCACUUCACAUUCACAAUUCGCUCUUUCUAUUAUUAUUAUGGCCCAUUAGCGAUUUCUGUUCUCUCACCGUUAUUUCUUCACACCUUCUCAUUCCACAUCCUUUUUUAGCAACAUGGUCAAAACGGCGUCGUCCACGUCCCCUUCUUCCUCUCCGGUGACCAUAACGGUGUCGUCCGGAGGCAGACGCCGGAGCAUGGGGCUGACCAGUCCCGUUGCACGCGCCUCCGUCUCCAACAACCCCAAUUCUCCUCUCAGAGCUUCCGCUGCCGGCGGAAGGAGGCUCUCCGGCGGCGGCGUCGAGGAAACUAGCUCCGACUACGUGACGUACACCGUUCAAAUUCCUCCGACGCCGGACCGGAAGCCGAUGACAGCAUCAGAGGACGGAAAGAGCAGCAGGAGUUUCAUUUCCGGCACAAUCUUCACCGGAGGGUUCAACUCCGUGACGCGCGGCCACGUCAUGGAGUGCUCGAUGGAGGGCGAGGUGCAGGCGAAAACGGCGUCGGUUUGCGGAAUGAGAGGAUGCGACGAGGAAGCGAUGAAGGGAAGGUUGUUGGGUGGACCCUGCGAGUGCGGGUUUAGGGUUUGCAGGGACUGUUACCUGGAGUGUAGUGGAAAGUGUCCUGGGUGCAAGGAGCCUUAUAAGUAUGUGAGCGAUGAUGAGGAAGAGGAAGAGGAAGAGGAAGAGGAGGGUUCUGAGGGUGAGGAUCAGCCUCUGCCUCUGCCUUCCAUGGCGGAGUUCAAGUUGGACAAGAGGCUUUCCCUUGUCAAGUCCUUCAAAGCGCAGAACCAUCCUCCUGACUUUGACCACACAAGGUGGCUAUUUGAGACCAAAGGGACUUAUGGGUAUGGAAACGCUGUGUGGCCUAAAGAUGGCUAUGGUGCUAAUGGGUUUGAACCCCCUCCGGAGUUCGGAGAGAAAGCUAGGAGACCCUUGACCCGCAAGGUUGGAGUUUCAGCUGCUAUUAUCAGUCCUUAUAGGUUGCUUAUUCUGCUGCGUCUUGCUUCCUUGGGACUAUUUCUCACGUGGAGAAUUAGACACCCGAACCAUGAAGCGAUUUGGCUGUGGGCGAUGUCCAUAACAUGUGAGCUAUGGUUUGCAUUUUCGUGGCUUCUUGAUCAGCUUCCUAAGCUCUGUCCUGUGAACAGAGUCACUGAUCUGUCUGUUCUGAAAGAGCGGUUUGAGUCUCCAAACCUGCGCAACCCGAAAGGGAGGUCUGAUCUACCAGGCAUUGACGUGUUUGUUUCCACGGCAGACCCAGAAAAGGAGCCUCCUCUUGUCACUGCCAACACCAUUCUCUCCAUCCUUGCUGUUGAUUAUCCUGUGGAGAAGGUUGCGUGUUACUUGUCUGAUGAUGGUGGAGCUCUGUUGACGUUUGAAGCUCUUGCUGAGACUGCUAGCUUUGCAAGAAUUUGGGUUCCGUUCUGUCGGAAGCACCAGAUUGAGCCCCGAAACCCCGAAGCUUAUUUUGGACAGAAGCGUGAUUUUCUUAAGAAUAAGGUCCGGUUGGACUUUGUGAGAGAGAGGAGAAGGGUGAAAAGGGAAUAUGAUGAGUUCAAAGUGAGGAUAAACUCCUUGCCAGAAUCCAUUAGGAGAAGAUCCGAUGCUUACAAUGCUCACGAGGAGUUGCGUGCCAAGAAGAAACAGAUGGAAGCAGGUUCCAAUGUGUCUGAACCCAUUAAGGUUCCUAAAGCUACAUGGAUGUCCGAUGGUUCUCAUUGGCCAGGAACUUGGGCUUCAGCAGAACAAGACCACUCAAGAGGGGACCAUGCUGGAAUAAUUCAGGCAAUGUUAGCUCCACCAAAUGCAGAACCGGAAUUUGGGGUAGAAGCUGAUGGGGAGAACUUGAUUGACACAACAGAUGUUGAUAUUAGGCUGCCCAUGCUUGUUUAUGUGUCUCGUGAGAAGAGACCGGGAUAUGAUCACAACAAGAAAGCAGGAGCCAUGAAUGCUCUUGUUCGCACCAGUGCCAUUAUGUCCAAUGGACCAUUCAUUCUUAAUCUUGACUGUGAUCAUUACAUCUACAACUCCUUGGCACUGAGGGAAGGUAUGUGCUUUAUGCUUGAUAGGGGUGGUGAUAGGAUAUGCUACGUUCAGUUCCCACAAAGGUUUGAGGGUAUUGACCCCAGUGACAGAUAUGCAAACCACAACACAGUGUUCUUUGAUGUGAGCAUGAGAGCUCUUGAUGGCUUACAGGGCCCCAUGUACGUGGGAACAGGCUGCAUAUUCAGAAGAACUGCCCUUUAUGGAUUUAGUCCUCCAAGAGCCACAGAACACCACGGGUGGUUUGGCAGGAAGAAAAUUAAGUUGUUUCUGAGAAAGCCAAAGGUGUCAAAAAAGGAAGAGGAUGAGGUUUCCGUGCCAAUAAAUGGUGAUCAUAAUGACGAUGAUGCAGACAUAGAGUCCUUGCUUCUUCCCAAAAGGUUUGGGAACUCUUCUUCUCUCGCUGCAUCGAUUCCUGUGGCAGAAUACCAGGGAAGGUUGCUUCAAGAUUUGCAAGGAAAGGGAACACAUGGAAGACCAGCAGGUUCUCUUGCUGUGCCUCGAGAACCAUUGGAUGCUGCCACUGUUGCUGAGGCAAUAAGUGUGAUAUCUUGUUUCUACGAGGAUAAAACUGAGUGGGGCAAACGAGUGGGGUGGAUAUAUGGUUCAGUUACAGAAGAUGUGGUGACUGGUUACAGAAUGCACAAUAGAGGGUGGAGAUCAGUGUACUGUGUGACCAAAAGGGAUGCUUUUAGAGGAACAGCUCCAAUCAAUUUGACAGACAGGCUCCACCAAGUGCUUCGAUGGGCAACAGGUUCUGUUGAGAUUUUCUUCUCAAGGAACAAUGCAUUAUUGGCAAGUCCUAGAAUGAAAUUCUUGCAGAGGGUGGCAUAUUUCAACGUGGGAAUGUACCCUUUUACUUCUAUGUUUUUGAUCGUUUAUUGUUUUCUGCCUGCAGUGUCCCUAUUUUCGGGGCAGUUUAUAGUCCAAACCCUCAGUGUAACUUUUCUGGUGUUCUUGCUGGGCAUCACAGUCACACUGUGCUUGCUGGCACUCCUGGAGAUCAAGUGGUCAGGAAUCACUCUUCAUGAUUGGUGGCGAAAUGAACAGUUCUGGUUGAUUGGUGGAACAAGUGCACACCCUGCUGCUGUUUUACAAGGGUUGUUGAAGGUCAUAGCAGGAGUUGACAUAUCAUUCACUUUAACCUCAAAGUCAGCCACUCCAGAAGAAGGAGAUGAUGAGUUUGCUGAUCUUUAUGUGGUGAAGUGGAGCUUUCUAAUGGUACCUCCAAUUACUAUUAUGAUGGUGAACUCCAUUGCUAUUGCUGUAGGGGUAGCCAGGACUGUGUACAGUCCCUUUCCACAAUGGAGCAAACUAGUAGGAGGGGUGUUUUUCAGCUUCUGGGUCUUGUGCCAUCUUUACCCAUUUGCAAAGGGCCUUAUGGGAAGGAGAGGGAAGGUUCCAACCAUCAUCUAUGUUUGGUCUGGAUUGCUCUCCAUUAUUAUCUCUUUGCUUUGGGUGUACAUAAACCCUCCUUCAGGAAGAACACAAGAUUACAUGAAUUUCCAAUUCCCUUGAGUUUGAGGAAGAUGAAGUUGCUCUGCUUCAUCUCAUUAAGUUGUCUAUGUUGUACUAGAUUAAAUUGAAUUGUGAUUAUAUAUUACUUUCCUGAUUACGUGUGCGAGAAAAAUGAAGUUGCCAACUUCAUGCUGUGUAGGCUAUCAGUUAAAUUUUUAUUUUUUUUUAAAACAUCUCAAAUGACUGAGAUAAUAUCACUCCCGCUUCAUUUGUAUCAAUCAUUGUAGGUUAUAUCAUUUUUAAUCAAUCACUGUUAGCUAUCAGGUUCUAUUUAAUCCGAUGAUCGAGUCGAUUUCAUGAUUAUAA